GCAAGUCUCAUUGGCAGAUUUCGGUGCCCGAUCCAGCCUCAAUCACCUCGACUGCCUGUUCUCUGUUGGUGCUACAAUGCCUUCCCGCGCCGCUCCUUUCAAGGGGACGAUGAAUAUCAUGAUUAGUAUCACCCACAAGUGUACGCACUCUUUCGAAGCGACUGUUUACAGUUUUUCUUAUACUCACCGUGACGAUGCGGUUACUUCAGCUCAGAGCUGAUGGCGAGUUGACUGUUACUAAGGACCUCUUACGUGAUAUUCCUCCUUAUGCGAUACUCUCACACACAUGGGGAGCCGACGAUGACGAGGUCACUUUCCAAGAAGUCAGGGAGAAGAAAGGGAAGAAAAAGGCUGGAUACACGAAGAUAAAAUUAUGCGGUCAGCAGGCCAAACUCGAUGGACUCGAGUAUUUCUGGGUUGAUACGUGCUGCAUCGACAAGACAAACGCUGUCGAGCUUACAGAAGCAAUCAAUUCGAUGUUUCGCUGGUAUCAGAAAGCCGACAAAUGUUAUGUAUAUCUUGCGGAUGUGUCGCGAGACAGUAGCACACCUGCCGAACAAGCACAACCGACGUGGGAGUCCGAAUUUCGAAAGAGCAGCUGGCACACUCGAGGAUGGACACUGCAAGAACUUGUUGCGCCAGUAGUUGUGGAGUUCUACACCACAGAAUGGCAGUAUAUUGGAGACAAGCAAUCAUUAGAGGAGACGCUCCACGAGGUUACCCGCGUUCCGAUCCGCGCUCUUCGUGGAGAUUCGUUAUCCGAUUUCAAUUUUGAUACGCGGAUAUCAUGGUCCUUGAAACGCGUAACAUCGAAAGCGGAAGACAGAGCCUACUCUUUGCUAGGUUUACUCGGUCUUUCCAUGUCGUUAAUCUAUGGCGAGGGUGAAGAGAGUGCGUUCAGGCGGCUUCGAAAGGAACAUGCAGAUCAAACCAGGCUUUCUCGGGAUCCCGAGAUGGAUGCAAGCAUCUCGCAAUGUCUUAGUCAACUACGAAUAUCGGAUCCACGAGAUGACAGAUCGCGUAUUGAAUACACAAAAGGAGGGCUGUUGAAAGAUUCGUAUCGGUGGGUGCUUGAGAAUAAAGACUUUCAGCGAUGGCGUAGCGGUGAAGAUCAUCAUCUACUUUGGAUAAAAGGGGACCCUGGUAAAGGGAAGACGAUGUUGCUAUGUGGUAUUACCGAAGAAAUGAGUGGUGCUUCCGCUGACGCUUGCUUGGUUUCCUACUUUUUCUGCCAAGCUACCGACACAAGGCUAAAUAAUGCGACAGCUGUACUUCGUGGCCUACUUUACAUGCUUGCGAUACAAGAUCACUUCUGUGCAAAGAAUCUUUACGAGGAAUGGCGAGUCGCUGGCCGUCAGCUAUUCGAGGAUGUUAAUGCCUGGAAUGCGUUGACGAGGAUCUUCACCGCCAUGAUGCAAUCUGGCCGGCUAAACAAGACGAUCUUCGUUAUUGAUGCACUCGACGAAUGCACCACGGAUCGAGCCAAACUUAUCGAGCUCAUCAUUCGCGAAUCUCAAAACGGUCAGGCGAAAUUCCUGGUAUCUAGCCGAAAUUGGCCUGAAAUUGAGGAAGACUUGGCGGGCACUACUCGAAAAGUGCGAAUCAGUCUUGAACUCAACGCGGAAUCGAUCUCUACUGCAGUCAAGGUUUACAUUCGUCAUCAGGUGAACGAGAUCCAACAACGUAAAAGAAUUGAUUUGGCCCAAAAGAACGAGUUGAUUAAAUAUCUAGUGUCUAAAGCAGACGACACUUUUCUAUGGGUGGCAUUAGUUUGUGAGCGGCUAAGAGAUUCUUCAGUACGGGGAAGGCAUAUUAUGCAAGAACUACAACGCUACCCGUCAGGUCUAAACUCACUAUACGACCGCAUGUUACAGCAUCUCAAUAGGUCAACGGACGCCGAAAUUUGUCAUAAGAUCCUUGGCACUAUAGCGGUCACUUAUCGACCUCUCAGCCUUGAUGAGUUGACAAUAUUUAUUAAGUCGGAGUCGUUCGAUGUCGCAGAGCUGAAAGAGGUAGUUGAAUCUUGUGGCUCUUUCCUGACCAUCCGUAAUGACGUGGUGUAUUUUGUCCACCAGUCUGCCAAAGACUUCCUGACUGGACCAGGAGUCAAUACCAUUUUCUCCUCCGGCAUUAAAUCACAACACGCAUCCAUUUUCGAAUUGUCGAUUGAAGCACUUUCGCGAGAUCUCCGACGAGAUAUAUAUGGCUUGCGCCAUCCAGGCGUCCAAAUCGGGGAGUUUAAUGCCCCAAAGCCGGACCCUAUGGCGCCACUCCGAUACUUGUGCACGUUCUGGGUUGAUCAUCUCAUAGAAGGAUGUUUUCACGAUAUGACGCAGUGCAUCCAAGAUCCUAGCAGUCUUAAGAUGGCCCAUAAAUUUCUGCAAGACAAAUUCCUUUAUUGGUUAGAGGGGUUGAGUUUGAUAACAAAUGUGCCGUUAGGCGCUCGAUCGAUGGCAAAACUCCUUCAAGUCAUUCAGAGUCGCAGGGAAGAGCAAGAAUUCCAAGAACUAAUCUAUGAUGAGAUUCGGAUCCUGCAAUUAUUUGGUGUAUUGAUUGCGCAACAUCCACUGCAAAUAUAUGGAGCAAUACUCGUUUUUAGUCCUACCCAAAGCAUUGUGCGAAAACGGUUUGAACGAGAAGCACCACAACGGCUACUACUUCGACCGCAGACUGAAGAAGAUUGGACUGCGUACUUAGCGACGCUAGAGGGACACACGCAUUGGGUCACUUCGGUGGCAUUCUCGCCAGACGGCAAGCGCGUGGCGUCGGCGUCGCACGAUGGCACCGCAAUCCUCUGGUCGGGCGAGUCGGGCGAGAGGCAGGCGACGCUUAGGGGACACACCGGUAGGGUCACUUCGGUAGCGUUCUCGCCGGACGGCAAGCACGUGGCAUCAGCGUCGCACGAUGGCACCGUGAUCCUCUGGUCGGCCGAGCCAGGCGAGAGGCAAGCGACACUCAGGGGGCACACAGAUGGGGUCACUUCGGUGGCGUUCUCGCCGGACGGCAAGCGUAUGGCGUCGGCAUCACACGAUGGCACCGUAAUCCUCUGGUCGGCCGAGUCGGGCGAGAGGCAGGCGAUGCUCAGGGGGCACACGGAUGGGGUCACUUCGGUGGCGUUCUCGCCAGACGGCAAGCGCGUAGCGUCAGCGUCGCACGAUGGCACCGUAAUCCUCUGGUCGGCCGAGCCAGGCGAGAGGCAGGCGACGCUUAGGGGGCAUACGGAUUGGGUCACUUCGGUAGCGUUCUCGCCAGACGGCAAGCGCGUAGUGUCAGCGUCGCACGAUGGCACCGUGAUCCUCUGGUCGGCCGAGCCAGGCGAGAGGCAGGCGAUGCUCAGGGGGCAUACAGGUGGGGUCACUUCGGUAGCGUUCUCGCCGGACGGCAAGCGCGUAGUGUCAGCGUCGCACGAUGGCACCGUAAUCCUCUGGUCGGCCGAGCCAGGCGAGAGGCAGGCGACGCUUAGGGGGCAAACGCUUGAGGGGCACACGGAAUGGGUCACUUCGGUAGCGUUCUCGCCGGACGGCAAGCGCGUAGUGUCAGCGUCGCACGAUGGCACCGUAAUCCUCUGGUCGGCCGAGCCAGGCGAGAGGCAGGCGAUGCUCAGGGGGCAUACAGGUGAGGCCACUUCGGUAGCGUUCUCGCCGGACGGCAAGCACGUGGCAUCAGCGUCGCACGAUGGCACCGUGAUCCUCUGGUUGGCCGAGCCAGGCGAGAGGCAGGCGACGCUCAGGGGGCAUACAGGUGGGGUCACUUCGGUGGCGUUCUCGCCGGACGGCAAGCGCGUAGUGUCAGCGUCGCACGAUGGCACCGUAAUCCUCUGGUCGGCCGAGCCAGGCGAGAGGCAGGCGACGCUUAGGGGGCAUACGGAUUGGGUCACUUCGGUAGCGUUCUCGCCAGACGGCAAGCGCGUAGUGUCAGCGUCGCACGAUGGCACCGUGAUCCUCUGGUCGGCCGAACCAGGCGAGAGGCAGGCGACACUCGGGGGACAUACGGAUUGGGUCACUUCGGUAGCGUUCUCGCCGGACGGCAAGCGCGUGGCGUCGGCGUCGCACGAUGGCACCAUAAUCAUCUGGUCGACCGAGUUGGGCGAGAGGCAGGCGAGGCUUAAUAUCGGAGUCACUUCCAAAAGUCUAAAAUUCGACAUUGACAAUGGGCACAUUCUUACCGAUGCCGGAGUCUUUUCCAUUCUACAUUUUUCCAAUACCCCUUUGGCCAGGAGCUUCCAAGCCCAACGUCCUAUAUCAGACUAUGCGGACUCCAGCGUACAAAGUGUUGACUACGGAAUCAGUCAGGACAAAAGCUGGAUCACCUUAGAAGGACGGAUGAUUCUGUGGUUACCUCCAGCGUAUCGACCAACCGCGUCCGCUAUCUCAAGCUCUACUAUUGCCAUGGGUUGCGAUUCAGGCAUGGUGAUUAUUAUGCGGUUUGGCUAGUCCUACGUAGACGAUAUACUCAAAAUGCUUUAUUAAGACUGGGAAGUCUCAGUUCACUAUCCUCAUUAUUUCUUGUUUCUUGCAAAUCGAGGGUUCCAGGGUAUUA